AUGUCAGUGAAAGUCCUUCUACUUUGGGAAAAGCAGCCUGCGAUGCUACCAAAGGUGGACCGCGACGGGAAAUCCUACUUUUCGCGCAGCAGCUGUACGAGGGUGAGCCAGAGCCCAGCCUGGAGGUCGCAACCAGGAAUCCGGAGCCGGGGGAGGGGGCGGAGCCAGGGAAGACAACACCCGCCCCCGCCCCUUCGGGACCCCAGGGGCGCCCUUGUUUACCUCCCGACAUUGGACACCCAAGACAAAGAGGGAAGGGAGGGAGGGGACCUUCUGAGGGAAACUCCACGGGCGGGAAACGCCUUACUGAAAUAUCGUUUGGUAACACCACCCGAAAGGCGGGAACAGCCGCCCUCCCGCGCCCCCCCGCGCCCCUUCCCAGGUUCCCCGCCACCUCCGGUCUUCCUGGGCUUCUGUCCUAGCCUCAGCGACAACGGGCGGAGCUGGGCAAUCGGCCCGCAGGGCAAGCUCCUUAGCCUCUAUUUGUUAUUCUUCGGACCGGACAGAGGACGCCCUGUAGGGUUACACGGCCGAACGACUACAGCUUCCAGGAGACAAGCCUGUGGGGCCGAAUUGGGGCGGAAGAGAGACGCGACCCGGAUAGUGGUCAGAGAGAGGGCCAACCACUCCCCCCGUUUACCGCCCCAGCCAGUCAGCGCCAGGCCCGCCAUUUUUCAAACCCUUUUCCUGCCGCCAAUCAGGAUCGAGCAGUACAUUCCUCUCCUGACCGGUUCUAACGGGUCUGGGAGUUAACGACCUGGGCGACCCACCGAACCUGCUAGGCUGGGGCUGGAGGGACGGGCCUGGCGAGACACCGACCAAUCGGAGGG